UUCAAACCUGCCUCUCUCUUCAUGGUUUCUUACUCUGUUCACUGCAAAAUACAAGCCCCAAAACUAACAAAUUUAAGGAAAACAAACUAUAUAAAGUCUAUCUCUGUGGUAAAUUAACCAUAGAACACUAUCACUAAAAUUAGUAACACCAUCACUAUCGCUGGGUAAUUUUUACCUGAAGUAAUAUACCCUAGAAAAAGUACUUGUCAUCAAAAAAUACAUCAAAAGAGGACAAUACAUGACAAGUUAAAGUAGUUUUAUUUUUAACUGUGUAAUGUCCAAAGGGAGGGGAAAAAGUGCCAUGUUCCUGGGGCAUGUGAGUCUUCCCUGGUGAAGACUCAGGGUCAUUGGCACAAUUACAGCUGCAGUAGAGAGAACCAAAAUAUGGCAGAUUUUGAGUGAGUAAAAAUGACCAGCUGACUAAAAUAUUUCUUAUCACCAUAUGAAUUUCCUUGAAAAUCACUACUUUGUGAUAGUUAUUCAUAACCACUGUGCUAAAUAAAGAUAGCAUGCAAAUUCCAGGACCGCUCUUACUGACCUUUUUCGCCUACAUGCAGAUAUCAAAUCCAGCCAAACCAACUUUACCCUAUAUCUCUAUUGCUGGGUGAAAGUCCCCUAAAAACACGUGCCUGUAGAAAAAAGCAGUUUCUUGAUCAGGGAAACAAAUAUGCCUUCAAAUAUGUCAAAGGCAAUGCUGAAGCUACCCAGAGACCUGCGGUACUCAGACAAACGCAACAUAAUGAAAAUCACAAAAUCACCCGGCUAUAGUGUUCUAGGGUUAAAGGAUGCCAAAGUUGUAUUUUUAACCUACACAGAAAACAGCAAACCUUCAUACUGCCAGUCAGACAAGUUUAUGUAUUUGCUUCAAAUGUAUAUUUUCCAAUUGUAAUAUGAAAUGAAAACAUAUUAGAUGUAUUUAGAAAAUGAUGGAAAAAAAAAUACCCAAGAAGGUCCAAGGCUUUGUGGAAAAUAUGUAUGAUGCUACAAUAAAGAAAUAAUAAUUAUUAAAAAAAUCUAAAAUAUAUCGCAGACAGUAAAAUCUUGAGAAUGUUUUGUUUCCAUGAACAACAGGAUGAUAGUACAAAAAUGUUUCAGGGGGACUGUGGGACAUUCAAAAUCCAUGAUAUGAUAUUUUCCCCACUGUUCAUCUAAUCCAUCCCCUGAAAUACUAUCAAUGUAUUCUGUAACAGGCUGAGUUAGUCGAGGGGGGAGCAGUGUUAAGAAGAAAAUCAUUGCAAUUUCCUAAAUGUAACAAGAACAGAGACUUCAAUAAGGGGUGUCCCAAUACGAUAUUGAUAUCGGAUAUUAGUCUGAUAUUAGGAAAAAAAGAAUAUCGGAUUGUAUCGGCCUGCAUCUAAUACCUCCGAUAUCAGCACUCUGAUGCAAGCAGUCCAUUCCAGACUCCGCUCCGGCACCUCUAGCUAGCAGCACCCAGAUCCAGCAUGUAGAACUCAUGUGAUCGCAACAACAGUGUGUACUAAGGUACUAACAAAGUACCAAGGAGUAGAAGUGAUGCCGGCCCUGUGGUGGUAUUUUUCAUUAAAGUCCAAAAUAGAAGUUGCAGCUGAGUGCAAAACUUUUCAUGCACAAGUUUUUGCUAAUAUCGGCUCAAAAUCGGUACUAGCCAAUAUUGAAGGUUACAAUAUCGGUAUCGUAUCAGAGGUAAAAUAGUUGUAUCGGAAUACCUCUAGCUUCAAUGCAUAGGUAAAAUGUAAGGUAUGUUUAAAUCCUUUUAAAUCCCUUUAAAAUUUUAAAAUGUAGAUCACUUUUUCAUAAACUUGAGAUGUUUGCAUUACAAGGUAGAAGAUUAAGACCCUAUCCCAACAAAUGUACUUUUCAUUCAUGACAAAAAUAAACCACCACAGUACCAACAUUUUAAGUACAAGACAAUGACAACAAAGUUCUGCUAAUGCUCGUGCUUUCCCUGAUUUCACAAUAGCAGAAUGUACUUUUUCAAAGAGGGGGGGGGGGGGGUAAUGAACCUGCACUGUGUUGAAAGACUGGACUUUUUUUUGAGCCAACUCCAACUAUAAAACAGGUCACAGCUUGUGAUCCAGGUGCACUUUUAGGCAGAAGAGUUGAAGGAAGAAUAGAAGCCUAUAAGAAAAGAAUAAGUAUAAUAUCAAUAUGUUUUAUAUUUUCACUGUCGUUCUUCUCUUCUUGAUAUCCAUGGGCCACUCUGCUCCUCCUGUCUGCGAGAGAUUGGUCCAGCCUUUAAAACAGCUGGAGCCCCACCAUCUACAGGGAAGAUGGGCUUUAGUAGCUGGCAGUCUCAACCAUUCAUCAUCCAUGGAGGCCCUGAGACUCAGAGACAGCAUCACCAUGUACUUCUCCAACUCCAGUGAAACCUCCAUCUUCUCCUACACCCAAAUCAACCGCUUUGGAGAUCACUGUCAGUCGCUGCCCUACAACAUCUCAGUAGAAGGCAGCACCUUCACCUUCAACGUGGGGGAUCGAUUCAACCUCACUGGAUCUUUCCUCUAUACCUCCUGUCCGGACUGUCUUGUGAUGCAGUGGACUGUGAAGUCAAGGAGAAGAGCGUCUGAGGACUUGUACCUACUGAGUCGAAGGAGGCAGGUGGAGCAGCAGGAGAUGAAGGAGUUUGAGGCCCAGGUGGCGUGCUAUGACCUGCCUGCAGCUGCGGUGAUGGAUGCCUCAAAGGAGCUCUGUCCUGAACAGGCUGAGACCCAACCAGCAAUACCAGAAAAGACAGGAGCUCAGAUUAAGGAGGAAGCAGAGUGAUCACCGGCAUGAGGGACUCAGUCACACAGAAUGAGAUAAUAUGAGUGAAAGAGUUUAUGUGAAUUCAGGUUUUUAUCUCUACUAUAAGGAAAUUUAAAGAAGUUAUUUUUUUCCAGCAUUGGAGAAAAUUUCAGUCUACACUACCAAUACAGUGUUGCAUUAUGGGAUGUAUUUAACUGAAUGUAUCUUUGAGGGAAAUAUUUGUCUGUGGUUUUGAUCUGUAUGCAGAAAUAACAAACCAGGCUUGAUUUGACGUCUGUGAUUGGCCACCCUAGAUUCUGUCCAAACACCAAGACCAGAGUUCAAAACCAAAUUAUUGAGUUGGUUUUGUGUUUCUUUCAUAUAUAUAUAUUUUUUCUGUGACACUUAAUUCAUCUUUUGAUUUUACACAAGUAAUUAUAGAAGUUUCAAAUGUUUCUAGUCCACUGUGUAGGUUUUUAAAAUAAAUAACAUAUACACAAGAACAUUACAACUGUGUGAUGCUGUGUCAAAGUUAUCUAGACAUUAGAUUAAAGUCCCACUCCAAUCAUGUUUUUUCACUACUUGAAGACUUCUCAGUGGUCUUUAAAUUGGGAUUAUGAAGUUUUUAGCCAAAGUGGUGUUACCUGUGUCAUUUUCAAGGGCUUUUCUUCUGCAGAGCUCUAGUAGCUCAUUAGCGAUUCACCUCUGAGUCAUGGGCGGAGACAACACUGCUCUGCACACUUCUCUUUGCGUUAGCUUGUAGGCUAACAUUGCUGGUGCAGUAGAAGUACCAGGUUACAAAAGGGCUAUUUAAAUCUCGGACACUAAUGUCUUUAAGGGCAUGAUUAAAGCUAAUACCAUAAUUAGUCUUCUUACCAGCAUUGCAAUCUGCUAACGCACACGCUUGUUCUGCGAUUGUCCUCGAUUUCUCCGAGCCUGGACUGCAUAGCGGGGCUCUGGGGGCGGAACUUGGAUUUGCUACGUAGGAAGUCUCACUGAAUCUAACCCUGCCAUUUAGGUCUGCCAGAUUCACAGCAAUUUGAAUGCAGAAAUGCAAUUUUGCACUUAACCUUCCUCCUGUGUUAGCUUUUACUACGCACCCAGCAUGUCAAGGGUCAGUUUUGACCCGUGUCUUAAAUCAGCUGUAAAUUACACUAAAAACAAUUCUCUACCAUUCAAUUUGGUUCUCAUCUCUAGGUUAACUUGUUAGGCUCAUUAUCCAUGAAAAUAUUACUUAUAAUAGUUUUUGUAGUGGUCCUCUGGGCCUUUCUUUGUCAGUGUACCCCUCAUACAGACAUCUAUACUGAAUUGAUCUCACAUGUCUGGAUGUGCCCGACGUUGUUUUUUGUGCAGAGAGAAACAUGGCAAAAUGAGAAUUUCCUAAAUCACACCUGAUUAUAAAAAGAGGAUCUGACUGUCAGUAUGGUGCCUGGCAGUUCACUUAUGAUUUCAGUUUUUGCUCUAAUUAUUAGAUAUUGAUCUAACCAGGUCAACAGCGACCCUAACAUGACAAGUGCCAUAAUUUUAAUAAACGCAUUUUAUAAUACGGUCAAUUUAUUUUUUUUGUUUUUAUGUUAUAAACUGAAGGUUCCUGACAAAGUAAUAAAGUCUUGAUGCAAAAAAGCUAAUUUAAGUGUUUCUUUUAAACAUUACUUUAGGGUUAUUUUUCUCAUGAUACGUCCUGAAGCAUCAGAAAAAUGCCAUAUGAGCAUGUAGACAACAAGAAAAACAUGAUUUUCAUCAGAGUGGGUCUUUAAUGCAUGUUAUUUUCAAUAACGUGUGAACAUGCACACAUAUACAUGCCACCCUUGCGUGGGUCAGUGCCCCCCCAGUCAAAAAGUCUGUACACGCCACUGAUGUCUGACAAAGGUCAAAGCAUGCAAUGUUUAAUCAAAUCUGGUUGUUUAUUCCACAGAUAUGGGUCAAGAUGAAAACAUGCAGCGAUAUAAUCAUCCCACACCCCACGGGCACAUUCUCCUUUCACUCACAUAGUGUAAAAAUUAAUGUGUGUUGCUCACUAAUUGGAUUAGCACCAUCCAUUUUUAAACGCACAACAAUAGGGUAAGCCUUCAGGACAUGUGUUUAUGCAUGCACACAUGUUCCUCCUUGUGUGUGUACUUUAGCAAAUGAUUGCAAUGUGAGCAUGGUUUGCAAAUGUGGGCGUGCAGAAAAGGAUUUAACCGAGGUUGUUCGUGAUUAUAAGAGGGGGAGGGGGGCAGGCAGUGAGUUUACUGAGUAGAAAGACUACCUUUGUGACCAUCGGGCAUAAAGUGAGAAAAGUGUGUUUUCUCAGAAAUGUGUUUGUGACGGUUGGAAUAAAACUUCAUCGCAUUUUCAAACAGGUAUGUGCAAUAACGUAGUUUGGUAGUGUGUGCAUUACUCUGCGUUUGUUAAAAUUCUCAAACAAGCCCAGAUAGGCAGAUAAUUACUGCACAGGGGCUUUUUAAAACAUAUUCUUGAACACAUAUGUCUCUAUGAGUAAACAGUGUUAACAAUGACCACAUUAUUAAAAAAAACUGCACUAUGAAAAUGAUCCUAAACCACCAGGCC